AAUACGUCCGGGUAGGAACGCAGCCUCUCUCGCUUGUAGUUCCGGGUGAAACGAUGGGGGCGGUGGAUUGUCACUGUCACCUCGCGGCUCCGGAGUUUCAAGGGGACAUAGAGUGUGUGUUGGAAGAAGCAAGGAAGUCAAAAAUAUUGGCCCUGGUAGCAGUUGCUGAACAUUCUGGAGAUUUCGAAAAAAUUAUUCAACUUUCAGAACGGCACUCAGGAUUUGUCUUUGGAUGUCUGGGGAUCCAUCCAAUUCAAAGCAGUUCAACAGGUCAAGAAUGCAGUGUUACUUUGCAGUUCUUUCUGCAGGACCUAGAUGAAGCAUUGCCACUCAUCGAACUCUAUAAGGACCAUUUGUUGGCCAUAGGAGAGGUUGGUUUGGAUUUCACACCGAGGAUUGCCAGCACUGAAGAACAGAAGGAAGGGCAAAGACAGGUCUUGAUCAAACAGAUUCAACUGGCAAAACAACUAGAUUUGCCUUUAAAUGUCCACUCCCGCUCAGCUGGAAGGCCAACAAUUAAUCUCUUAAAGGAACAAGGUGCUGAGAGGGUGCUGCUCCAUGCCUUUGAUGGAAGGCCAUCAGUGGCUAUGGAAGGGGUGAUGGCCGGGUACUUUUUCUCCAUUCCUCCUUCUAUUGUAAGGAGUGAACAGAAGCAGAAACUGGUAAAGCAGCUGCCUCUAGAAAACAUUUGCCUAGAAACGGAUUCUCCUGCACUAGGUCCUGAAAAACAGGUGAGAAAUGAACCAAAGAAUAUCUUCAUCGCUGCAGAAUACAUUGCUAAAAUCAAAGGAAUUUCAGUGGAAGAUGUUUUACACAAAACAACACAGAAUGCACUGAAGGUUUUCCCCAAAUUGAAAAGUAUCCUCCAGAAGUAGCAAUGUCUUAAUCUAAGGCAGGCAACACCCCUGUUAUCUGGGAAAUAUGGACAUAAUACAUAUUGUCUUGAGUUCUUCUAUUGUAUCAGUCAGUUGACUAGUAGGACCAAAAUAGAAUAUGUCAUUCUGUUUUGCUUAAUUUAAUGACUUAAUUUAAUGAGAAAAUUUAACCACAGCUAUAAUUUCACAAUCAUUCAUUAAUUCUGUUUGGGCCUAAUAAGCAAUAAAAGACCAAAGAAGAGGUAUUGGGAAUUGAAAA